AGUUCUUUUUUAUGUUUUGUGUUGUAAAUAGUAACAUAUAUUGCCUUAUGCUAGUCUAAGAAACAGGUGUCUCUGUGCUUUUGUUCGAUCGCGUAAAUUUAGAAGAAAACAUUAUGAUAUGGUUGUCGAUUCUUAUCGCGUCUUGUACAAUCUACCAAAUACAUUCGGCUCGAAAUGGCUACAACUAUGAUCGUCCUGGUCUGAGCCCAGGAAUCACUAGUUCUAACUUACCAUCGUUCACAGGCACCGGCUCCACAGGAUAUUCUGCAUCUCCUAGAUUUACCGAAGUAGUAGGGCCAACAACACCCACCUAUCAACAGAACAGUUAUCCUUCAGCAAGGCCUACAGGUUUCUCGAAUAUUUCUCCGUCUGAUGUCAUCGGACUAGGCUCGUUUCAAGAUGCUACUGGACCUUCUGGCUUUAGUAAUUUAGGAUCAAACCCGGGACUUUCUGCUGUCGGAUCUCGUUCCAACACAGUGGGUACAGUUCAGCAACGUCCACCCAGCAGGAUUGAUACUUUCAAACCUGAACAGGCAGAGUCAGAAGGAGGUGAUUAUUCAGCAAUUCCUGGUCAGCCUGGAGUGGAUUACUCAAUUCUCUCGGAGAUUCCUAACACUUCAUUUGAUUGUAAUCAACAACAGUAUCCUGGAUAUUAUGCUGACGUUGAAGCACAGUGCCAAGUGUUUCACAUAUGUGCGCUGAAUAAAACAUUCGAUUUUCUUUGUCCAAAUGGUACGAUUUUCAGCCAAGAAAAUUUAGUAUGUGUAUGGUGGAAUCAAUUUGAUUGCACUACAGCUCCAAACUUAUUCGGAAAAAAUGCUGAUUUGUUUGAAAACAUGAAUAACGUUAGCCCGUUCUUGGAUGGCUUUUAUGGUGUUCAACCUGGUACAGCACCUGGAACAUCAAAAAUAACUAAUCCUAACUCAGGAGUUGCUUCUUUUAAAGGACGUACUCUGAGUACACGUCCUACAAGUUCAACGCUUGGUUCAUCGGUUGAACCAACCGGCUAUGCAGUCGCACCGGCUGCUGGUUUUUCCGCGUCAAGAUCUGUCAGUUUCCAAGGAACAGGGAACAUCGCAUCUAAUACGGGAUAUCCAGCAGGAAACGCACCAUCGGGACUAUCCGCUCCUACUGGACCAGGUCCAUCUGUCUAUCUUGGACCAGGUCAAACUGAGGGCCAAUUCUCUCCAACAUCCCUUAUUUCAACAAAGGAUUAUCUACCACCUAGGCAAGGAUAAGCAAGGACGAUAUCGAUACUAAGGAAUGCGGUUUGAUUCAACAUAUUUAUGGGAUUAGUGGCUUCAUAUGUUUAUAUAUAAUGAUUCUCAAAUACAAACGAGGAACAGGUUAUUUUCUCCAAUGUUAUAUCUAAAUAGGAUUAUAGGAAUAAUGGUUAUGUAAGUUGUAAUGGAAAUACAUGGCUUCAAAAUGCUUUAAAAGCAUGAUAAUAA